AUGACUGACUACACCUAUGAACAGUUCGUUGAGGUUCACGAGCCUCAGCUUCGCACUUCAGCUGUACCAGAGUUGUUUUGGCCAAGUUUGUUCGAAAAGUUGAAGAACGAGGUAAGUAAAUGUGUUAUCGGCUAGUAUCUUUAGGAUUUUGACGCUGGAAAGUUCUUUCAAAUCAUUGUGGAGGAAAAUGAAACUGAUGGAAACAACUACAGUGUUAUUGCCUUGGAAGAUAUUAAGGCCGACGAUGGGAAGAGGUAAGAAUAUUGUUGUAUUAUUAAUUUUAUAAGAGAGAGACUCUAAUAUUGUGGUAUUUGCAUUAUUCAAUAGCCUAAAGUAUUUUAAUAGGUUAAAACCAGUGUUUUUUCACUUCAGUUAACAAAUUUGGUUUUCAGUAUUUUCUUGAUUGACCAUUGUUUCACUUUCCGUUUGAACAAUGCCAGAGAUAUUCUGAAGCAAGUGCCUGGAUUCAAGGAGCGACUGAUUGAAUCUAUGGGGAUCUCGGUAAGGAAGUCGUUUAAUAUGUAUUGUUUGUUUUAGGUAGAUGAUUUGGAAGAUCUCAAUAGUUGUUCUGAUUAUAUUGGAAGCGAAAGUGGAGAUGCGCAUCCUACUGGUAGGUGUUCUUUUAUACUUCAGUAUAUACUACCUGUUAUUUAAACUAAGAGUUUCAUUUCUAUAAUUUAUUAGUUUUUAUCUUUGUAAAUAAUGUUAUAUCAAGUUGUAGGUGAAGGCAAGAAAGAUGUGACUUCCGAAGAGAAAGAAAAGAACGAACAAGUAGAAGAGAAGAUGAUUGACGCUAUCAUGGAUAAUAUCUGGAAGUUCGCUCAGACUUACACUGUUCGUCGUUCUCAAAACGUUCUUGAGGAGAGUGAUAUGCCCAUCUGGUACCUUCCUGAUGAGUUUGGCAUGAGAGUUGGACAUUCUAAAGACCCAAAUGUUCGUAUUGUGCCAUUUUUCUAUGGUUUCACUGGGCAAGCAUUUAGUGUGAUGUUUCCCACACAGGACAUUAAGGAUCAAGGUACGUAACUAUUGUUUUUAAAGGCUGUGGUAUGCAUUAGAUUAUUUUUAAAUAUGAAAGAAUCAUUUCAGAAGAAGUUACUAGGAACUAUGUUGACAAUGCCAUUUUGAAGACCCAUCCAGAGUGGUACAAUGUUCUUCUUUAUCCUUGGGAAGCUGUUGAUCUGAGUGAGAGUGAUUUGAAAAAGUCUGUCAAGGGUGACGAGUUCUUUACUGUAAGUGUUAAAAAUUGGACUUUUAAACCAGCAAUCGUUUAGUGUUAAUCUAAUAUGAUUAGCUUUUUUAAACCGAAUAUUUUAAUAAAUUUUGUGAAUUUUAGAGUGGACGGCAUCCAGAUCACGUACCUGAAGGUUCUCAACAUGGGGCAGCUGAUGACAACGCUGGAAUCAUGGAUACGGUGAGAAUAGUGGCUACAGACACUCAGCUCAUCGAACGGUUACAAGGAAUUCAGUACGGACUGGUGGAUGACGUGAAGGAAGCUGAUGUGCUGUGGUUGAGGGAGCACUUCCACGAGUUUAAGUAUGUAUUCGUUUGAAAUAGUCAUGUUAUUUAAUAAUUUUCUUUUGGUUUGGCAGCAAAUUAUUUUUUGAAAUUCACAUUUUGGGGUCAUUAUUUUUAAAAUUAAUUUUUCAGAGGAUUGUUCGAACAAAAUCCGAAAAUAUUGGUGAAUCAGUUCCCUUACGAGUCCAACCUCACCGUCAAGGAUUUGUUCGCAGCUUCAAUAGAAACAAACCCAGAUUACGAGAAGUCGUUCAACGAAGAAACUCUUGAAUAUGGUCCAGAAUGGUUCCAAACUACCUUUAACUUGAAUGAAGAGCUGCCCACGUUUGUAGCUCACUAUCAGAAGAGGGCCAAGAAGAACUUGGACAAUACCUGGAUCGUGAAGCCAUGGAAUCUGGCCAGAGGACUUGAUACGGUAGUUACUGACAACCUGGAUUGUAUCAUCAGAAUGGUUGAGACCGGUCCAAAACUAGUGUCUAAGUACAUCGAGGACCCCGUUCUUGUGAAGAGGAAAGACAAUGGAAAUCUGGUCAAAUUUGACCUGAGGUUCAUCGUGUUCGUGAGGAGUUUGGAGCCACUGGAGCUGUGCUUGUACAACGACUUCUGGCCUAGGUUGGCGGUCAAGUAAGUUAUUAUCCUGUUUGUUCUAUGCUUGAUUAUAAAUGCAGUUUUAUUAUAUAACAACGCUUUUUUAGCGAGUAUGAUUUAAGCGACCUGUCUGACAACUUUACACAUUUGUCUGUUCACAAUUACACUGACAAGACGAAAGUAGUUAAUGUAGGUUGUAUUAUCACCUCAAUAUAAAAUUAUUUCUUUUGACCAUAAAUUUAGGUAAUAAUUUUAAUUUUAGGUAACAUCGGAUGAGUUUAUAAAAGACCUGAUCGAAUUGAAUCCUCAAAUCAAAUGGGAACAAGUCAAGUUUCAGAUUGACAGUGUCAUCAAACAGGUAUUCGAAACUGUCACAAAGAACAAACCGCCGCGAGGCGUGGCUCCAAAUUUACAGUCUAGAGCCAUGUACGGCUUCGAUUUGAUGCUCAAGUGGAAAAGUGAGUUUACAAGGAUAUAAUGCGUAUUCAGAAGCUUUUGGAAUUAUUUUUUAGUCACAAGAAAUAUUCAGGGGCGCAUGUCGGCAAAAUUGAGCCGCAGGUAGUCGGGAAACAUAAGUUUUACUCUGUUAGUUCUAUGGUUAAAUUUUGUAGAUCGUGAGCACAAGGACGUAAGUGUCACUUUCCUCGAAGCCAACUUCAUGCCAGAUUGUCAGAGAGCUACAGAAUUCUACCCAGACUUUGCUGAUACUGUAUUCCAGACCUUGUUCCUGGGAGGUGGCAGUAACCGAGUUCACUCUAUCUGA